AUGACACUGGUCAGGAUUGGGAUCCUGCUGCUGCUGGGCAGUGGAAGUGUUCCAACUGGUCAAACGAAGUAUGUCGAAGGUCACUUGAAAACAUCCGACAACUGGGCUUUUUUGGCCAGAUUUUGCUUUCUCUCCGGCCGUGGCCGAUAUGAGUAUUUGAUCGAGUAUGAAAAGAAGCUGGGGGAGUUGAAACUACUCUUGUACUACGACGACCGAACGCAAUGGCCAGCGAUUUACAAAACAGAUAAGACUUGUACCGAAAAACUCUCCGUGUUGCACCCGGAAGACAAUCAGAUCGUCACGCUGUCGCCACGCACUCCGUACAAUCUCUACUCGGGGUGCUUCCUGCGUACACCCACACCCAAGGAAUCACCGAAUGAUCCACUACCUAAGGAUGGUGGUAGUCCUAGCACCAAGCAUCCUCCGUCCUCCGCCCGACCGGGCAGUUCCGGAGGAGACAUUAGGCCUCCGGACGACGAUGCACAGUACUUCGAUCAAUUUCUCAAGACGAGCACCUACGAGCCGGAGUUUGCUUUCGAUGAGCGAUACGAACCGGACAACGGGACAGAAGAUGGAGUGGCCUACGAGCUGUUCCACACGUCAACAAUGGCCACCGGCGAGGGUGAGGCUGCCGGAGGUUACGCUGGAGAUAAUGGUGCUGUAAAUCUUCUCGAGAACACUACCGACUAUCGGUCUCUGGUGGAGCAACUGUUCCCGGAUGGUGAGGGAAAGUCCGCCCUCUGGCAGGAAGAGUCUGUAGCGAAUGGGACUAUAAGAGAGCGUCGAGCGGCUCCUGGAACCAGUGAAUCCGCACGGUACAAGGAUCGGUUGAUCGUGAGCUGCAGCAAUUUUGGGAGUUUCACCAGUUCCCGGGAACGCUGGUGGUAUAUCGCCAUUGCGAACUGCGAUGGAAGCGGACGAGGACUGGAUGUGAAGUAUCGAUUCCGAAUGACGAACGGACCACCGGGUGACUUCUGGCACGAGCAUUUUUCCGCUGACGAAAUGUAUAUCCCUCCAAUCCUGAUGACGGAAUCGAUCUCGUACAGCAUGCUGCUGUUGGCCGUAUUUAUCUGCGCUGUUGAGCUUAAGGCACGUCAUCUUUACCACUGCACCUAUCGACUGUUUACUCUCAGCGUGCUCUUGCAGUGGUUCGGUGUCUUGCUACUUAGUGUCACCUGGACCAAGUACGCGGUAUCCGGCAUUGGACCAUUCCCGAACUUUGGUGGCAUUUUCACGAGCGCCAGCGAGAUUACCUUCCUGCUGUUGUUGCUCCUGAUGGCUAAGGGCUACACCAUUACCCGGGCUCGGCUAAAGACUUGCGCCACGGUGAAGAUCACGAUCUUCAUCAAUCUGUACGUGGUGGUUUAUAUCACACUGUACAUCUAUCAGGCGGAAGCGUUUGAUCCGGGCGAAGUGCUCAAUCUGUACGAGUCGCCCGCCGGCUUCGGGCUGGCCGGUCUGCGUUGCGUCGGCUGGGGCUUCUUCAUGUACUCCUGCGCCGCCACCAUCCGUAAGUUCACCGAGAAGGCACCCUUCUACUAUCCCUUCACGUUACUCGGCUCGCUCUGGAUCAUGAGUGGACCCGUUCUGACGCUGCUCGGUGUGAACGUACUCGAUCCGUGGGUUCGGGAGUCGGUCAUGCAUGGGGCCCUCGGGACGGUCGCGUUCGUCGGCCACCUGGCGUUCCUCUGGCUGACGUGGCCAUCGCGAGCGAACAAGAGCUUUCCCUACCACGUCCGCACGAACCAUGUCGGUGUGUCGCUGGGUGAAGAUGACGAGGCCACGUACCCGAAGCACACGUACGAACCGACGGCAACCAUGGUCGCUCAGCUUCACAACCAUCAUCAGCAUCACCAUCACCACCAGGAUGGUGUUCCCAAUGGGAAUGGGUUCAUGAUACCGGUGGCCAGGAGUACCGUCCCCGGGGCAUUGGAUGGCCUGUACGAUCAGUAUCUUCGGGAGAGGGACGUCUACCACAGCACGUCGACGCCACUGAGUUACGUAUCAUUUCCAAACGCUCCACGACAUCCGGCCACGAAUGGCGCACCGAUUUCCACCAUUUCCAAUGGCGGCUAUCGGAAUGGCGUCAUCGGGAGUCCCCCGGUGGAACGGGAAUCGAUGGAUCGACCGACUGGCGAUGCCGUGACGUCUCGAUCGGAAACUAGUGUCACCGGAAAUGACCGGGAAGCAACGCCCGCGAUCCGCCACUCGCUGGCCCUGGAACCGGAACACGAUCCUUCCGGACACUCUUCACUUGAGAUUGCUCGCCUUACCCCUGUUGCCGCCUCGAAUGGUUCCGUUCCAUCAUCAUCCAGUGCCGGACAACCUAGUGUAAACGGAUCUCUGGCCGCCGACGCAAAUGGUGGCAUCGGUGCGCUAAGAGAACCGGAAGAGAGGCGUCCGUUCAAUCCGUUUCUCGCAGCCGCUGCCGAUACUGCCGAUCGAAAACCGAACCGAAUCAUUCUGCCCAGCCUGGAGCAUGCACCCGUGACGCCUCCAAGUGCGGCGGGAGGUUCCGAGGAGGCUUUGGUCGGUGUACCAAAUCAUUCAACGCCGGAAGCUGACCGAACGGUUACCGCACCGGCCGUUCCGAAGCACCUGUUUGCGGCGAAACCGAGGGAACCGAUUCAUUCGUAGACGGCGAUCACCGUGUAUUCAUGGAGUGUGUUAUUUUGUAUUUCCUUUUCCCACUAUUCAAUAAUUGUCCUCGGUUUAAGCCAUCUUUUUAAAUGUUCCCAUUUCUUUCUAGGCAAUAGCAAUAAAGUGGAAAAUGGUUACUAAU